AUGUCCACUAAUCCUUCCCCAAAUCAAGAACGAGAGAAGAUUGAGAGAGAGCGACAAGAAAUAAUUAGGAAGCUUGAUUCAUAUCUCAAUGAUAUCUUAGCAAUUCGAUCCAGGUUCCAAAAGGAGCCCGACGUGCGGAUCCGCAAAAAAUACCUACAGGAGUUACAGAAACACGAAUCACAUAUUAAAGGUCUGAAAAGAAAGACGGAGAAUACGUUAAUUGGAUAUUUCACUGCCCCACCCACGAUGGCAAGCGUCGAUAAGCUCAAAGGUAUCCUGAUGACACUGCAAUUUGACUACAAGAAAGCAUCUGAGAACCAGCAUCGCCUGAACAAGCAGGGCGUUCUUCAAGCGCAAGACUCUGCUAAACGAGACCACAGCUACCUGGGGUUUUCAAGAACGGCGGAUUUGGGCAACGAACACCCCUUAAUUUCUCAAGCUUAUGACGCUCAAAAUGCAACGGAGAUAAUUCAAGAACAACCAAGGCUGCGUUCGCCUCGCUCUCUGAAGAAUCUUAAGGAUAUAUUCAGAGGGAAAUCAAAGUUCAUGGGUCAUCCUGAACUACCAUUACCCUCCGACCAACGUCCACUGGACUCACAGCUGCUUCAAGGAGUUACUCAGGCGGAUAAUACAGAUGAAGGAGGCCCUUCAUCGAGGCUUAGAGGCUCUGCUUCGCAAGCGCAUCAUGGACGAGGCUCGAAAGGACCUAUUGUAUCUUACACACGUCGAGUAGUCGCGUACGACAUGUUUGAUCAAUUUCAAACUGGACUUGGACCCGGAGGACUCCAAUAG